GUAUUGACAUUUUGAGGACAAUAUGCAGAACUGGGACGCUGUGCAGACCGCCUCUGUAAAUUAUGAGCAGCACAGCAUCUGGUACAACAAUAUGUUUUCCACCACAAAUAUUAAGACUGAGCCUGGAGUCAAAAGUCCUUCGCUGGAGGAGCAGCCGAGGUCGCCAACGUCUGGUGUUGAUGUAAUAUCCCACUUAGAAAGUUAUUUGAAACAACAGCCCUCACAUACGCCACGCCAAAUAUCAGCGAUGGACACGCUAUCGACGAUGACGCCAUCUCCCAGUAAUACAGACAGCAUGCACCAUUUAUAUGAUGGAAACAUACAGCAACAGUUAUUGCAACAGCAACAAUACCAGGAGCAGUUUCAACAAGCACAGCAAUCAGCCGCACAUAAUCAUGUGACGUCUUCGCAUUUACAGCUCGGAUUCAACCCACUCACACCACCAGGACUUCCAAAUGCGAUAUUGCCCUCCUUAUCCCGCUUUUAUCAUCAGCCCAGUAUGCCAAAUGGACAGCAAACACCGAGCCCGCAGCCUCCUCAAACACAAAUGGUGAUACCAAUGGAAUCAAGUGAAAAAGAGCAAACGGCUUUAACGCCACGCAAUACACCACCAAUGGAUAUUACUCCACCGAAAUCGCCUAAAACCCAGGCUACAGCUGGUUCAGAGAAACUCACUGUGCGGGAGAAAGACCAAGAUGCGCAAUCCAACUCUAGUGAAGACAUCAAAUAUAUACAGGAAUCAGAAGAUGACGAAUUGAUUCGGUUACCUAUUUACAAUUCGCAUGGAAAAAUGAAAAAUUACAAAUGCAAGUCCUGUGGAAUGAUUGCAAUAACAAAAGUAAGCUUCUGGGAGCAUGCACGAACACAUAUGAAGCCCGAGAAGAUUCUACAAUGUCCGAAGUGCCCGUUCGUUACAGAGCUAAAACAUCACCUUGAAUACCAUAUACGAAAACAUAAAAACCUCAAGCCCUUUCAAUGCGACAAAUGCUCGUAUACAUGUGUAAACAAGUCGAUGUUGAAUUCCCACCGCAAGUCUCACUCCACCGUUUACCAGUACCGUUGCGCAGACUGUGAUUAUGCCACUAAGUAUUGUCAUUCAUUCAAAUUGCAUCUACGAAAAUAUGACCACAAACCGGGUUUGGUUUUGGAUGAAGAAGGUAUUCCAAAUCCCUCGGUGGUGAUUGACGUGUAUGGCACACGACGCGGGCCGAAAUCAAAGUCUUCCGGGACGAACAAUAAGCGUAAUAAUAGCACAAAUAGUAGCAACGCCAGCAAUGAACGCUUAACGGUGAAGUCGGCACACAUAAAAAAUGGCAGAGACUUUAAAUUAUCCGCAUCCCAACUUUCGGUAGCUCUGCAGUCUUUUUCUUUACCACUGCAAAAUCACCAGAUGCCUGUAUCGCCUGCAAAGAGUCCAAGUUCAGUAGCGUCUGACCAACCAAUGCUGCCAAUUGGUUUGUCUCAACUGCACAACCAGCAGCUACCUCAGAUGUCGCAACAAGCACAAUCAACGUAUCAAGAACGGCAGACCAUGAACCAAGGUCAACCGAAUGGUAAUGUUAAAGUCUCACCUGCCAACUCCACUAUUACAGAUGCAAAAGCAGCCAUAUCGAGUCUCUUGCCACCACUUGCUUCUAUUCUCCAAAAGAAUCCAAACAUGGCGUUCCUCCCUUACUGGAAUUUAAAUCUACAAAUGCUGGCUGCGCAGCAGCAAGCCGCCGUCCUGGCCCAAAUGUCACCCAGCGUAGGCGAGAAUGCACUACGCCAAUUCCAGAGUCCUCACUUAAAGAAAGACGAUAACGACUCGUCUCAUAGCGAUGAUAAUGAAGAUGACGAUUACGAGCUUGACCGAAAGUCAACCGACUCGGCCAUGGAUUUAUCGCAAGGAUCACCCGUAAAGGAUGAUCUCGAACAUCGAAAAACUCCAGCACUUCCUGCUAACUUAGGACUCAAAGAGAAAACUACCGAUACGCCAAUCGCUAGCAAUAACGGCGCCUCAAAAAGGAAGGGCCGGGUACUAAAACUUGACGCCAUUCUGCAGGUGAAGUCUGCAUCGCAAUCAGCUGAAGAUCUCGAAGAAAAAUCAGAGAGUGUAGAAAAGAGUGCCGAACAUAUAUCCGCUGCCGCAUCGCCAAAUAACACUAUUGCGGACAAUUCCGUAGGCCAAACAGAUGAAAAUUCCGAUGAUUGUGAUGAUCUUGUAAAUAAUAUGAAACCCACGGUGAAAGAUACUAGCACCAGCUCUGCAUCGUCAUCGGGAAACAGCUCUAAUAGUUCUAGCAGUUCUAGUUCGUUAGUAUCGGCUUCGAACGGUCCAGCUGCCUUUGGUGCUAUGUAUGAGUGCAAAUAUUGUGAUAUUUAUUUCAAAGACGCUGUGCUCUAUACAAUCCACAUGGGCUACCACAGCUGCGACGAUGUCUUCAAGUGUAACAUGUGCGGUGAGAAGUGUGACGGCCCGGUGGGACUCUUUGUUCACAUGGCGCGCAACGCGCACUCUUAG